AUGAACGCGCCCGCUGUCAUGGACUCCGAGAAGACCCACAAAGUCGAGGAGGGCUCCGACCGGCCUAGCGACGACGGCCUUCACUAUGGUAGCUACGAGGAGGCUCCCAGCUUCUGGGACCGCCUGGGUGUCACGCCCAACUCCUUCAAGCGGCGGACUCUCAGCGACAAGCACAACCAGCUCAAUCAAUCCAUGAAAGGUCGUCAUCUCCACAUGAUUGCCAUUGGAGGCUCUAUCGGUGCUGGUCUUUUCGUUGGUUCUGGCCGUGCCUUGAGCCGUGGUGGUCCCGCUGCGCUGCUCAUCGGUUUCGGAAUCAUCGGUGUCAUGAUUUUCAACGUUGUCUACGCUCUCGGCGAACUCGCUUGCAUGUACCCUGUCUCCGGAGGAUUCUACACAUAUUCGACUCGUUUCGUCGACCCUUCUUGGGGUUUCGCAAUGGGCUGGAACUACGUUAUGCAAUGGGCCGUCGUGUUACCUCUUGAACUGGUUGUCGCUGGAUUGGUGAUGGACUACCUCGAGACCGGAGCCCCUACUGCCGCUUGGAUAACGAUUUUCUGGGUGAUUAUCAUCGUGAUCAGCAUCUUUGGUGUCCUAGGCUACGCCGAGGAAGAGUUCUGGGUCUCGCUUCUCAAGCUUAUUACAGUCGUGAUCUUCUUGUUCAUGGGUGUCAUCUUCGUCUGCGGUGGUGGCCCGUCAAAUGGCGACUUCUCAACUUACCAGGGUGGAAAGCGAUGGUCAAACCCGGGCGCCUUCGCCAAUGGCUUUCUCGGUGUCUGCCGAACGUUUGUUACGGCCGCUUUCUCCUUCUCCGGAACAGAGUUGGUUGGUCUCGCAGCCGCCGAGUCCAAGGAUCCUCAAAAGUCGCUCCCAGGUGCUAUCAAGCAAGUCUUCUGGCGAAUCACCCUCUUCUACAUCUUGAGUUUGACAUUCAUCGGCUUGCUCGUCGACUUCGACGACCCAAGAUUGCUCGGAUCCGGUGGUGGUCUGAUCGACACAUCAGCCUCGCCUUUCGUCAUUGUCGCCGAAAAGGCUGGCAUUCCAGCUUUCGGCACCUUCGUCAACGUUGUCAUCAUGUUCGCUGUCGUCAGCAUUGGUCUUUCAGGAGUAUACGGAGGCUCCCGAACACUCACCGCUCUUGCCGAGCAAGGAUACGCACCCAAGGUCUUUACCUACAUUGACCGUGCAGGUCGCCCGCUCUGGUCUACCAUCGCUAUCCUAGCAUUUGGCCCCAUCGCGUAUGUCGGCCUCGCUACCUCUGGUGAGACCGUUUUCAACUGGUUGCUGUCGCUAUCCGGUCUUGCUGCGCUCUUCACCUGGGGAAGCAUUUGCGUUGCUCACAUCCGCUUCCGCUCGGCCUGGAAGAUGGCUGGACACACUCUCGAUGAGCUCCCUUUCAAGGCUGCAGGUGGUGUGUAUGGUUCAUGGUUAGGCUUCGUUCUGAUCGUCCUAGUGCUCAUUGCGCAGUUUUACACUGCCCUCUACUCUGCGCUCCCCACGAAGCCUGCAGGAGAGAAGUACGGCGGUGGUGGCGCAGGUGCCGAGGGGUUCUUCCUCGACUACCUUGCGUUCCCAGUGGUCAUCCUCUUCUACAUCAUCGGCUUUGUGUGGAAGAGGAAGACGUGGGUUCCACUUGCGCAAAUUGAUGUUGACGGCGGUCGCCGCGAGCUUGAUCUCGUCGAGCACGAGAGGAAGAGAGUGAGACUUGCAGCGAUGAAYCCUGUGCGCCGUUUCAUGGACAAAAUCAUGUGA